UCAUGUUUAAUGAUGUCAUAGAGAAGUGACCCUUCUAUCCCAGCUAGGAUCCUUUAAUUAAUAAGAGACCGCUACAGUGAGUCGACUGGACCAACAGGCAGGUUUCGUCAACAAUUCCCAGUAAAUCAUGGUUCAGAGUAUUAAAGACAUGGAUGAAUUAAAAACAUUUUUGAAAGCUGCCGGAUGCAAACUUGUGGUGGUUGAAUUUUCAGCAAAAUGGUGUGGUCCUUGCCAAAGGAUAUAUCCUCUUGUUCAUGAGUUGGCCCAAAUUUAUCACGUCAAAGCAGUACCCACAUUUCAGAUGUUCAAGCAGACCCAGAAGGUAACCCUAUUCUCAAGACUCAAAAGAGCUAUUUGCUGUUAUGGAAGUGGAUUCGUGGGCGAGCCGAUUUUUGAAUUUUGUGGAGCUGAUGCUCAAAAAUUGGAAGCGAAGAUUCAAGAACUAAUGUAAGCCGAUCUCCAAGAUAAAAUACAUUUACAACAUUUUAAAAGGCCGCAGCUAAUGUGUUUGUGUUUUUAUUUGCAGCGAAUAUUGUAAUGCUCGAUUGGGCUUUCUCCUAACACUUUGCAGUUGAAUCCCACCUUGCAACCUCACUGCAAAAUGGCUUAAAGCUCUUGCGGUAUCAGAGAACGUAUCUCUCCCGUUCUCUAACUUGGCCUUUCCACUAACUCGUGCACAUUUCUUAGGCAAUGUGACCUCCACAGCAGAGGCCCUGCAUAGCUAAGUAAUACCACUCCAUUAAGAAGGUUUUCCAGAGAUUGCCAAAGAUGGAAUUCUUCGCAGCGAUCAAGAAACAAACAAAUGCCCUAUUGCCCUGGUGUACUCCAAAUACAGAGGCCAAUUCUAAUUGAGCCAUCAUUUGUGGUACAAAAUUCUUCUCUGAUGCAUCAGUUUGUAUUAGAACAGUGUCACUCUUCUCUUCCCCAAUACCUUU